GGCCGCGCGCCCCCCUCCCCGGCGCCAACUCCCCCUGGCGGCCGCUCCCAUGGGUGUCGCUGGGCCGCGCCAUGCCUAAGGAGGCGCCGCGAUGGGCCAAGGGGACGAAAGCGAGCGCAUCGUGAUCAACGUGGGCGGCACGCGCCACCAGACGUACCGCUCGACGCUGCGCACGCUGCCCGGCACGCGGCUCGCCUGGCUGGCGGAGCCCGACGCCCACAGCCACUUCGACUAUGACCCGCGCGCAGACGAGUUCUUUUUCGACCGCCACCCCGGCGUCUUCGCGCACAUCCUGAACUACUACCGCACGGGCAAGCUGCACUGCCCGGCCGACGUGUGCGGGCCACUCUACGAGGAGGAGCUGGCCUUCUGGGGCAUCGACGAGACCGACGUGGAGCCGUGCUGCUGGAUGACUUACCGCCAGCACCGCGACGCCGAGGAGGCGCUGGACAGCUUCGGCGGCGCGCCCCUGGACAACAGCGCGGACGACGCGGACGCCGACGGCCCCGGCGAUUCAGGCGACGGCGAGGACGAGUUGGAGAUGACCAAGCGCCUGGCGCUCAGCGACUCCCCAGACGGACGGCCUGGCGGCUUCUGGCGCCGCUGGCAGCCGCGCAUCUGGGCCCUCUUCGAGGACCCCUACUCAUCCCGCUACGCGAGGUAUGUGGCCUUUGCCUCCCUGUUCUUCAUCCUGGUCUCCAUCACUACCUUCUGCCUGGAGACCCACGAGCGCUUCAACCCCAUCGUGAACAAGACGGAGAUCGAGAGCGCGCGGAACGGCACGCAAGUGCGCCACUACCGGGAGGCGGAGACGGAGGCCUUCCUCACCUACACCGAGGGCGUCUGCGUGGUCUGGUUCACCUUCGAGUUCCUCAUGCGCGUGGUCUUCUGCCCAAACAAGGUGGAGUUCAUCAAGAACUCGCUCAACAUCAUCGACUUUGUGGCCAUCCUCCCCUUCUACCUGGAGGUGGGCCUGAGCGGCCUGUCCUCUAAGGCUGCCAAGGAUGUGCUGGGCUUCCUGCGCGUCGUCCGCUUCGUGCGUAUCCUGCGCAUCUUCAAGCUGACCCGCCACUUCGUGGGGCUCCGGGUCUUGGGCCACACUCUACGAGCCAGCACCAAUGAGUUCUUACUGCUCAUCAUCUUCCUGGCUCUGGGCGUCCUGAUCUUCGCCACCAUGAUCUACUACGCCGAGAGGAUAGGGGCUCAGCCCAAUGACCCCAGCGCCAGUGAGCACACCCACUUUAAGAACAUCCCCAUCGGCUUCUGGUGGGCUGUGGUCACCAUGACGACCCUGGGCUACGGAGACAUGUACCCGCAGACGUGGUCCGGCAUGCUGGUGGGAGCACUGUGUGCGCUGGCGGGCGUGCUGACCAUCGCCAUGCCCGUGCCCGUCAUCGUGAACAAUUUUGGGAUGUAUUACUCCUUAGCCAUGGCUAAGCAGAAACUACCAAAGAAAAAAAAGAAGCAUAUUCCGCGGCCACCGCAGCUGGGAUCUCCCAAUUAUUGUAAAUCUGUCGUAAACUCUCCACAUCACAGUACUCAGAGUGACACAUGCCCGCUGGCCCAGGAAGAGAUUUUAGAAAUUAACAGAGCAGAUUCCAAACUGAAUGGGGAGGUGGCGAAGGCCGCGCUGGCGAACGAAGACUGCCCCCACAUAGACCAGGCCCUCACUCCCGAUGAGGGCCUGCCUUUUACGCGCUCGGGCACCCGCGAGAGAUACGGACCCUGCUUCCUCUUAUCAACUGGGGAGUACGCGUGCCCACCUGGUGGAGGAGUGAGAAAGGAUCUUUGCAAAGAAAGCCCUGUCAUUGCUAAGUAUAUGCCGACAGAGGCUGUGAGAGUGACUUGACCAGGCGACUUGGCCCAGGACACUGGUGGCUAUUAAGCAUCUGGGUGGACCUGCAGCCCCUCCUCGCCCUCGGACAGAGUAAAUUCACGCCAUGCAGGUUUGCCGGACGAGUCCGAGUGGCCCAGGCCUUGUACUAGGACGGACGUAGCUUU